AUGAGCGGCUAUAAAAUCUUGAUCGAUGCAGGGCUUCCCGCAAUCCGAUCAUCGUCAGGAAUCAUCCCUCGAUCGUCCAGAAUCAUCAAAACCAUACCAUCCAAUACGAGAAACAUGUCUUUCCUCUUCCCUAGAAUCGUUUACGCCCCUGUGCGCUGCGGACCAGUUCGCCACGAGGCCGCUCCGCUCUUUAGCCUCUUUGAUGAGACAUUCAAUGAACUCCAGAGAGCCUCUCGUCAAGCACGAAAACAAUUCAAUCCUCGAUUCGAUCUGAAGGAGACCGAGGAGGCUUACUCCCUCGCGGGUGAACUUCCCGGUAUCGAUCAGAAGGAUCUCAGCAUCGAAUUCACCGACGAGAACACGUUGACCAUCAAGGGUCGUACUGAGCGCCACACCGAAUCUGGUCAACACCCUCAAGCCGCCGUCGAGGGUGAAAAGAAAUCUGAGAUCGAGAAAGCUCCUGCAUCUGAAACCAGCAGUGUCAAGUCACACCAAGCCACCGUUGAAGAUGAGGAACCGGCUAAUUCUUCUGCGGCCGCCAACGAGAACGCAGAGGUCGCCGCACCAGCACCAACACCAGCCACCGAGCCAGCAAAGGCUAAGGAGCCUGCCAAAGAUCAAUACUGGAUCUCUGAGCGCCACGUCGGAGAAUUCACUCGCAGCUUCAGCUUCCCAGCUCGCGUGAACCAAGAGGCGGUCAAGGCUUCCUUGAAGAACGGUGUUCUCAGCAUUGUGGUCCCCAAGGGCCCAGCCCCAGAGAGCCGACGCAUCAACAUUGAGUAA